AUGUACCGAACAGUGGUAGUGGCUCUACUGGCCUUGUCGGCUUCUGCCAGACUUCACGGUUUGGAGAAAAAGGUCACCAUAAACGACCUUGAACUCUUCAACGGUUUUCAUAAAUUCGCUGAAACGUAAGCGUGUACCUUUUUCUAAGAAUUAGCACCAAAUCAGAUUGGUAAUAUCUUUUGUUUUAGCUAUGACAAGCAAUACGCGUCUGUUGAAGAAGCCCGCGAACGUUUCGAGAUCUACAAGGCCAACCACCUCCAACUCCAGGUCUACCAACAAUACGAGCAGGGAACAGCCACCUAUGGCGAGACCCAAUUCAUGGACCUGACCCCCGAAGAGUUCCGUACCCAGGUCCUCUCCAACGUCCAGAAAGACCCUCUGGCCCCACAUAGACGCCUAACCGACGAGGAAUUGAACGCCUUGGACGAUAAAGUCCCAAGGUCCCUUGAUCACAGAGAGGCUGGGUUGGUCACACCGGUCAAGAACCAGGGAAGCUGUGGAUCUUGCUGGGCUUUCUCUGUUACCGGGAACAUCGAGGGUUUGUGGAAGAAGAAAACCGGAGAGCUCGUUAGCUUGUCCGAACAGGAAUUGUUAGAUUGUGACAAGAAAGACGAGGGAUGCGAUGGAGGCAUGAUGCUGUCGACUUAUGAGUGAGUCAUAUAUUUAUAAUGAUGACUGUAUUUGGGAAUGGUAAACAAACAAUUGACUGUGUUUCAGAGAAAUCAUUCGACUUGGAGGGCUUGUCAAAGAGGAAGACUAUCCAUACAAGGGGGCAAGCGGAAAAUGCCUACUGGAUAACAAGAAGGUCACAGCGUAUAUCAACGACUCCCUUCAACUUCCCGAAGACGAGGAGAAGAUCAAGCAAUACUUGGUUUCCUCGGGCCCCAUCUCCGUCGGAAUCAACGCCAAUCCCCUCCAAUUCUACCGCGGUGGUAUCCAUCACCCACCAAAAUUCUUCUGCAGCCCUAAAGGAAUGAACCAUGCUGUCCUUCUUGUUGGCUACGGUGAAGAAAAUGAAAAGCCUUUCUGGAUUGUCAAGAACUCGUGGGGAGAUCGUUGGGGAGAGAAGGGAUAUUUCCGUUUGUACCGUGGAGAGAAUGUCUGCGGAGUUGCUGGGUAUGCCACUAGUGCCAUCCUGCACUAA